UAUAGCAAGGGAGAGAGCAAUGACGUGAGACUCUCCUUCUGAACAGGAGGUGGUGAGGAAAUAACACAGGUGUCUGGGAAGGGUUUCUGUGAGCGAAGGGAGAAUUGAGAGUUAAUAACCGUCGUUCAGACGGGCAGGAGUUCUCUGCAGGUAGCCGACUGCAGAAGCGAACUGGGCACCCCUCCUUGGGGACAGGCUCUGUUGCUUCCUAUUGCUUCGCUUGCAGCCAGGGUGCACAUUUAUUUGGAAUGGACUGAAUUUCCUGCUCAAUGGCUGAUGGGGCUGACUCUUCCAGACUAGUGGAUAUUCCUUUUUAAUGUCUCCAGUGCCUUUUUAAUUUUUUAUUUACGUAUUUUUGGGAGGCUGAGGGGGAAGCGAUCGGUUGAAAUUCUGGCUGGGUAAGUGGGCGAUUCUCAGAAAUGAGAAAGCGGGAGGGAAACGGAUUUAGAAGCCAGAGAGCAAAGCAGCAGCCCCUGGCCCCGGGAUUCUCCGCACCCCCUGCCCCCGGCCGGUGACCUCCUGGGGAAAACCCCGGCGGCAGCGCAGAUACUCGACCUGCCCUUCGCCAGCGCCUUGCCAGCCCUGCCGGCGGGGCUAGCCAGGCAUCGCCCGCGCUGCGCGGAAACCAGCGCCGGGUCCGCCGGGGGCCUCGGAAGGACCGGCUCUGCGCUCGCCCGCUCCCCGGGGCGGCUGUCCUGGGCGACCGGCGCGCGGCGCGCACCAUGCGGGGCUGCCCGCGGCUCGCGCUCCUCUGCGCGCUGCCCUGGCUCCUGCGGGCGGCGGCGCCCGGCCACCCCGCGCUGCCCCUCGCGCCGCGCCGCGACCCCGCCAGGGGCGCCGACUUCGGUCGCCUCUACAGCGGGGUGGUGAGCCUCAGCACCGAGAACAUCUAUUCCUUCAACUACACCAGCCAGCCCGGCCAGGUGAAUGCCGUGCGGGUGUAUGUGAACAGUUCCUCGGAGAACCUCGACUACCCAGUCCUCGUGGUGGUUCGCCAACAGAAAGAGGUGCUAUCCUGGCAGGUUCCUCUGCUCUUCCAAGGACUGUACCAGAGGAGCUACAGCUACCAGGGAGUGAGCCGCACCUUGUGUCCCUCGGAAGCAACCAAUGAAACAGGACCUCUGGAGCAACCGAUAUUUGUAGAUGUAGCGUCCAUGGCGCCCCUGGGUGCCCAGUACAAACUGCUGGUCACCAAGCUCAAGCACUUCCAGCUGCAGACAAAUGUUGCCUUUCACUUCACUGCCAGCCCCUCUCAACCUCAGUAUUUUCUGUACAAGUUUCCUGAAGAUGUGGACUCAGUUAUCAUUAAAGUCAGGUCUGAAAUGACUUAUCCAUGUUCUGUUGUCUCAGUCCAGAACACCAUGUGUCCAGUAUAUGACCUCGACCACAAUGUAGAAUUUAAUGGUGUCUACCAGUCCAUGACCAGGAAAGCUGCUAUCACCCUACAGAAGAAGGAUUUUCCAGGUGAGCAGUUCUUCGUGGUAUUUGUGAUAAAGCCUGAAGAUUAUGCCUGUGGAGGAUCUUUCUUCAUCCAGGAAAAGGAGAACCAAACCUGGAAUCUACAACGGACAAAGAACCUUAAAGUGACCAUUGUUCCUUCCAUUAAAGAAGCCGUGUAUGUGAAAUCCAUUCUUCUCAGUUUCCUCAUCUUCUUCUCCUUCUACUUGGGAUGCCUGCUUAUUGCACUUGUUCAUUAUAUCAGGUUUCAGAGAAAAUCCAUUGAUGGAAGCUUUGGUUCCAAUGAUGGCUCUGGAAACAUGGCGGCGUCACAGCCCAUCGCUGCCAGCACCCCUGAAGGGAGCAAUUAUGGGGCAAUAGAUGAGUCGAGCUCCAGUCCUGGCAGGCAGAUGUCCUCCUCGGACUGUGGGCAGCCCGGCCAGUCGGACACAGACAGCUCCGUGGACGAGAGCGACUUCGACACCAUGCCAGACAUCGAGAGUGAUAAGAACAUCAUCCGGACCAAGGUGUUCCUUUACCUGUCAGACCUGUCCAGGAAGGACCGGAGAAUUGUCAGCAAAAAAUAUAAAAUUUAUUUUUGGAACAUCAUCACCAUUGCUGUGUUUUAUGCGCUGCCCGUGAUACAGCUGGUCAUCACCUACCAGACAGUGGUAAAUGUCACCGGCAACCAGGACAUCUGCUACUACAACUUCCUGUGUGCUCACCCCUUGGGUGUCCUGAGUGCCUUCAACAACAUUCUCAGUAACCUGGGCCAUGUGCUCCUGGGCUUCCUUUUCCUGCUGAUAGUCUUACACCGGGACAUUCUCCAUCGAAGAGCCCUAGAAGCCAAAGACAUCUUUGCUAUGGAGUAUGGGAUUCCCAAACACUUUGGUCUCUUCUAUGCCAUGGGCAUCGCAUUGAUCAUGGAAGGAGUGCUCAGUGCCUGCUACCACGUCUGCCCAAAUUACUCCAACUUCCAGUUUGACACCUCCUUCAUGUACAUGAUCGCGGGCCUCUGCAUGCUGAAGCUCUAUCAGACGCGCCACCCUGACAUCAACGCCAGCGCCUAUGCUGCCUACGCGUCCUUCGCCGUGGUCAUCACGCUCACCGUCCUCGGAGUGGUGUUUGGAAAGAAUGAUGUGUGGUUCUGGCUCAUCUUCUCUGCUGUCCAUGUUCUGGCCUCCCUGGCCCUCAGCACCCAGAUCUACUACAUGGGUCGCUUCAAAAUAGAUGUGUCUGACACAGAUCUGGGGAUCUUCCGGCGUGCCACCGCGGUGCUCUACACGGACUGCAUCCGGCAGUGCAGCCGGCCUCUGUACGUGGACAGAAUGGUGUUGCUCAUCCUGGGGAACCUGGUUAACUGGUCCUUUGCCCUCUUUGGACUGAUCUAUCGACCCCGGGACUUUGCUUCCUACAUGCUGGGCAUCUUCAUCUGCAACCUGCUGCUCUACCUGGCCUUUUACAUCAUCAUGAAGCUUCGGAGCUCUGAGAAGGUUCUUCCCAUCCCGCUCUUCUGCAUCGUGGCCACUGCUGUGGUGUGGGCUGCCGCCCUGUAUUUUUUCUUCCAGAAUCUCAGCAGCUGGGAGGGGACCCCAGCCGAAUCCCGAGAGAAGAACCGGGAGUGUAUCCUGCUCCAUUUCUUUGAUGAUCAUGACAUCUGGCACUUCCUCUCUGCCACUGCCCUCUUUUUCUCAUUCUUGGUUUUGUUGACCCUGGAUGAUGACCUGGAUGUGGUUCGGAGGGACCAGAUCCCCGUUUUCUGAGGCUCCAACUCAGACCGGGAGAGGUAGAGAUCUAUCUUGGUGCUGUUUCAUGAAAAAUACCGGGACUGCCGCAAAGUCACCACUGCCAACUGUUCCACUCACCCGCUGGCGCGAGGGCUCUGCUACCUUCACGGGGAAGGAGGAGCUGGAGGGAGGUUCAAACCUGCCAGAGGGAGGCAGAAGGGAAGGCGCGGCCGCGCGCAGAGGCUAGCCGUGAGAGUCGGGAGACACCCAGCCCUUUCUCUUCGCAACUCCGAGCUACACAGGGACAAAAGCUGCCUCCAAGUCAACUUGCUCCUUCGGGGCCCCUCUGAUCCUCGCCUGACGUCCACCGGCAAUGGCAAAUGAGGUUGCACUCUGUCCAGCUGCCUCCAUGCCUAGAAAGGCCAGCAGCUCAGGUUUCCUGUCCAGAAACUUUACGUGGGCCCCUUUGCACCGUGCCAACAUCUAGACAUCCCAAAGCACCAGUCCACUUCCCCAAGGCCCUGGGAUGAGGGAGUUCCUCAGAGUCUAGUAGGGGGGUGGCCUCAAGGCCCCACCCACCUGGGGUAGAUGCUUUAGAAGCACCAGCUAGUCUCCUCCUCGGAAGGAAUGAUGGGUGCUUCCCCCAGGUUCCCUACUCCAUUAGAAGGACCCUGGACUGGGCGUUGUCACACACUCCCCCCAACAGGUAACUGGCUCUGGGAGCAGGCUCGGCGGCUUGCCUCUUCCUUACUGUCUUUGCGUCACUGCUCUGUGUCAAUCCCCUAACUCAGGCUCUGCCUUCUUGGGAAGGCCCUGUUACCCCACAGACCAGCUCCAAGGUGGAAGAGGAAACAGGAAAAACUCUUCUAGCGGCAGGAGGAGCAAAAGAAAUGACCAACAGUGCUAA